GUGUAGGUGAGUGGUUUUGGUAGAGGCUGGCAUAGGACUAGGGAUAGAACACCAGUACUUCAAACCUGAAUUUAAGGCUGACGGAGGAGCAGGGCCUGGGCCUUUGGCCUCACAGAGUCCAACCUGCUCUGGGAAGAGCACCCAGUUGUCCCUCCCAGGCCGCCCAAGCCCCACGGAUGAUGGACGAGACGGGGGAGGAGGAGGAGGAGGAGGAGGAAGCCUGGCUGCAGCUUCGGCCCGUGGAGCCCUUGCCCUCCCAGUGCUGUGGCAGUGGCUGCUCACCUUGUGUGUUUGAUCUCUAUCACCGAGAGCUGGCGAGGUGGGAGGCAGCGCGAGCCAGCAAAGACAGGAGCCUGCUGAGUGGAGAGGAGUCACAGAGCUGCCCUUCCAAGCUGAACCCAGAGACCUUCCUGGCCUUCCGCAUCAGUGCCGUGGACAGACUCACCAAGGACACUUACCGUGUUCGGUUUGCACUACCCAGGAACAGCCAGCUCGGCCUGCGGCCUGGACAGCACCUCAUCCUACGAGGGAAAGUGGAUGACUUAGAAAUUCAGAGAGCCUAUACGCCCAUCAGCCCUGCCAACGCGGAAGGAUACUUUGAAGUUUUAAUCAAGUGCUACCAGACUGGGCUGAUGUCCCGGUACGUCGAGUCCUGGAGCGCAGGAGACACCGCUUUCUGGCGAGGUCCAUUUGGAGACUUCUUCUAUAAACCAAACCAGUACGGUGAGCUCCUCAUGCUGGCUUCGGGCACUGGCCUGGCCCCCAUGGUGCCUGUCCUGCAGAGCAUAACAGACAAUGCAGAGGAUGAGACCUUUGUCACCCUGGUCGGCUGCUUCAAGACCUUUGAGGGCAUCUACCUGAAAACCUUCCUCCAGGAGCAAGCUCGUUUCUGGAAUGUCCGUACCUUCUUUGUACUCAGCCAGGAGAACUCUCCGGAGCAGCUUCCCUGGAGUUACCGGGAGAAGACCCGCUUUGGCCGCCUGGCCCAGGACCUGAUUGAAGAGCUGGUUGGCUCCUGUCGGAGAAAGCCGUUUGCAUUGGUCUGUGGCUCAGCGGAGUUUACCAAGGACAUGGCCAGGUACCUGCUGUGCGCAGGCCUGGCCGAGGACUCCUGCUUCCUCUUCUAGCCCUCGCCAGGGUCCUGCCACUGGGACACUGCAGGAAGCACGGACUUGAGUCAGAAAACAUGAAGAGCAGGCCUGGCCCUGCCGCUAACUGGCCAGGCGACCUAGGUGAAGGUCUUUGCCUCUGCGCACCUCCGCCUCCCAUCUACCCCACGGGGUGGCCAACUCCCUCGGGCAGACAUAUUGCUGUGUAGAAGGAGGAUGGGGCCGCAGGAGCUCUUAGGAGGAGAGCCACCAGCCUGGGAGUCCAGGGCUCCCUGGAGAAAGUCAGGUCCAUGCUAAGCCGUGGGAUGGAUAGGAGUUGGCAGGAGAAGGUGCAGGAGGAGCUUCCCAGGUUCCUUAGAUUAGGGGGCUUGGGGACCCCCAUCUGCCCCUGCCCUGUAAAAGUGUUCAAAAGUCUGCUUUCCCUGGAAGAUGUGUCUCCCUGCUGUGGCCUCACAGGGCUGGCUCGGAUAUGUUGCUUGCAAAUGCCUAGGGAAUGAGCGUAGGGGUAGCUAAGAGCUCUUUGGAGGAGGAACCUGCCUUAUGUACCUCCAGUGCCUCAAGCCUGACACAGCGGUCUCAGCUUCUGUGACCUGAUCACAUUCUCCGAGCAAGGUGGGCCCUGGAUUACUUUUAUUGCGUAUGGGGCCCAGGCCUUUCCUGCUGCAAACGGCUUCACUCUCUGUCUCCCUUCCCCUGUCUCAAGAACAAGAGUCCUUUCCUGAGCAAAAGAGAUACGGAAACAAACACCCCUCCCUCCCGCAGGCAGCCAGCUCAGCCGCCUUCAGCUCCUCCGGAGUCCUGGUGACGGUUGCUAUGGAGAUCUAAAGAUAGAGCAGGAGUCAGGAGACCUGGGUCCUUCUCUCUGCUCUGCCCACUGAGCAGCUGCUGAUUCCGCUCCACCCCCGCUGCCCUCCCCACCCCAUCCCGCCCCCCUCCCCACCCCACCCUUCCAUCUUGCAUGGGGCAAGCCCUCCCCAGGGACCCGGCACUCCCGGGCAGUGCCCUGCAGGUCAUGAAUUCUGGUUUCCACAGCCUGGGCUCCACUGUGCCGAAGCAGCCCUGGCUGGCUGGGGGCACUUCCAGAAUCGGAAUAUUAAGCCAUGAAAUCUCAGAAUCUGAGAAGCGUGGAAUCAUAGAAUUAGAACUUUAUAGUCACGGAAUCACAGUCCUCCUCACACCAGAGAUUAAAGUUCAGGACUCCAGAAAGCAUCCCGUCCGAUAGACUCAUUGUGUAAAUGGGGAAACCAAGGCCCAGUGAGGCUAAGAGAUUUGCCCAGGGUAAAACAGUUCAUGGCAGAGUUGGCACUAGAAGCCAGGUCUCCCGACGUCACCUGUACUGAGAGCUGUGUAACCAGUGAUUUUCAAACUGGGCUCUGAAGGACCCUAGGGUUCUUGGCAUGGCAGCAGAGAAGGGACAGCCAGGUGGGAUCUCCAGGCUCCCUUCAACCUUCAACCCGAGCAGUUCUGUUUUCGUCCCAUUUAUAUAUUGGGGUUUGCAGUUAUUUCCAUUUGUGAGAUCGGGUUUUCUUGCGCUGCCCGAAAAGUUGCAGCGAAUCUCCGUGCUGUGCCAUGUUCACUAAACAACCAUGGCGAGCAGAUGGGGGAUGGUGCCAAAGGUCUCAAACUACAUUUCCCAGGCACAAUUCCUCGGUCACUUAGAUGCGGGAAUACUGCCUGUGACCUUCGCCAAGACUCCCAUGCACAUUAGCAUAUCAAAGGCUCUGAAAAGUCCAAUGGCAAAGAAAAAUUUUUUUUCAUUUUGUUUAACUCAGUUUGCCACGCUUAUUUAACUACAGAACAGUUUGAUCCACUAGAAUCUUUUUUUUUUUAAUUUUUUUUUUCAACAUUUAUUUAUUUUUGGGACAGAGAGAGACAGAGCAUGAACGGGGGAGGGGCAGAGAGAGAGGGAGACACAGAAUCGGAAACAG